AUGAACUGUCUGCUGGAUGAUGCUUUCUGGGACAAUGUGGUCAUGACUAUCCCUUUCCAGACACAGCUUCAGUGGGCACCAGGUUUCUCCCCACUCAGAUCCAUCCUCUACUCAGCUGCCAAAGCUCAGGUUCAGGUUCAGCUGCAGCAUGGCGGUAUUUUCCACGAGAUCCCCACCUACUAUCUCCAGCCCUAUAUGCUCAGUUUUUACCGCAAAACUCAGCCUUUUAGUAAUGUGCUGGUAGACGAGAUGGAUAUGAUGUUGACCAAAGCAGCCACAGUUAUCCAGUCAGCCUGGCGAGGCCACCAUCUUCGACAGAAGAUGUCUGUGCAGUCAGAGGCAGGCAAGGCAGCAGAGGCCAUUGAGAAUACCUGGCAUCAGCUUGGUGUCCACCAGAAUCUGCAGUCUGCUUGGGAGCCAGGGCGCACAGCACAGGAACAGAUCCGGGUCUUCAGAGGGACUUCUUGUUCACAGAAUGUAAUAACUUCUGAGACAGUGACUGAGACCAGUAAAGACCAAAAGCAGCUUUGGAGACCACUGGUACAUUUCCAUCAGCAGAAAGUAACGAUCUCUACCACUGAGAGCCAUUCCUCCAAAAGUACCGUGGACAGACAGACACAAGUCUCCCAGGACCAACUUUCCAAGUCAUAUCUAGAGACCAGAGCAUACUGGAUACAGUCUCAGGAUCAGCUAGGGGCUAAAUCUGAGACCACUAAAUCUCAAAGACAUUUCAAUGAUAGAGAGAUCAAGGUCCCACCCCAAACAUAUCCUACUGAUACAGUGGUCAAGACCUCUUCUCAGAUAUAUCCUACACCUGGAGAGGCCAAGGCCCCAUUUCAGGCACCACCCACAGCUAGAUUACCACAGGAACACAUAGCUAGAAUGACGAAGAUCCCAUCUCAGGCAAAUCUGGUAGCGGAAGUAGCCAAGACCACGUCCCAGACACAGUUCUCAACUAGUGAGACCAAGGUCCUAUCCCAUGCAAAUCUGGCAGCUGAAGGGACCACAUCCCCACCCCAGGCACAUUCCACAGCUGCAGUGACCAAAGUCUCAUCCAAGAAACAUCCCGUAGCUGGAACAGCCAAGGCCUCAUUGCAGCCACAUAUGGCGGCGACGGCGAACAAGGCCCCACACCAGGCACAAUCCAUGGCUGGAACAGCCAAGACCUCACCACAGCCACAUGUGGCAGCCCCAGUGAACAAGCCCCCACGCCAGGCACAACUCAUGACUGAAACAACCAAGACCUCUCCGCAAACACAUGUGGCAGCUCUGGCAAACAAGGCCCCACACCAGGCACAAACCGCAGCUGGAACAGCCAAGGCCUCGUCACAGCCACAUGUGGCGGCCACGGUGCAUAAGGCCCCACACCAGGCACAACCCAUGACUGGCACAGCCAAGACCUCAUCCCAGUCAUAUCUGGCAACUGUAGUGAACAAGAUCCUACAUCAGGCACAACCCACGGCUGGAGUGACCAAAGUCUCACACAAGGAAAAUCUGGCAAGAAGAGUGGCCAAGGCCCCAACCCAAGAACACCCCGUAAUUAGAGCAGACAAAACCUUAUCCCAGUUACAUCUGGCAGCUGAAGGGACCAAGGCCCCACCCCAGGCACAUUCCCCAGCUGGAGUAGCCAAAGUCUCACAUGAGGAACAUCUGUCGUCUGGAGCCAACAAGGCUCCAUUCCAGUCACAUCUGAGAGCUGAGGUGACUGAGGCUCCUUCUCAGGUAUAUUCCACAUCUAGGGUGAGUAAAUCCUCUUCUCAAAUACAUUCCACAGCUGAAAUGGCCAAGACACCAUCCUCAGCCUCACCCACAGUUAGAGUGAAUGAGUCGUCUUCCCAGACACAUUCCAUAGCUAGAGUGACCAAGAUGCCAUCUCAGGCACACCUGGAGGUCAAGGCGACCCAAAUCCCAUCCCAUGAAUAUUUGGAGGCUAAGGCAACCCAAGUCCCAUCUCAGAGUGAUUUGAAGAUGAAGAUAAUCCAGGGUCCACCUCAGUCGUACCUGGAGACUCAAAUCUCAUCCCAAGUCCAACAGGGGACCACAGGGACAAAGACACCAUUGCAGGCACAGACAGGGCCACUCAUAUCCAAAUUUGUGUCCUGGAGAGACACGGAUAUGACCAAAGCUCAGGCUCUCCAAGACCAGGGAGGGAUAAUGGCAGCUCCAGAAAUGGAAAAUGAAGAGAAUAGGGUGGGAGAGUCCCAGGCGGAAAAGACUAAGCCCUCUCAGGAACAGCUGGGCACUGUGCUUUCCAAGGCUCUCUGCCCGGGAGAGGUGAGGACAGCUUUAACAAGUGCCUUGCCCCAAGAAGUGCUGGGCUCUGGCAUGGCCAGGAACUUACCUCAAGGGAUGCUGGGGCCCAUGCUGACUAAGGCCCUGUCUCGUGGGGCUCUGGGUACAAGUGUUUGGAGAGCCCUGUUCCCGGCGGAGCUGCGGGCAGAGGUAGCCAAAGCCAUGUGCCAAGGGAACCUGGCGGAAGCCCUGGACAAGACUCUCACCAAAGACGAGAGGGCUGCUCUCAACCAGGCCCUCUCUCAGGGGGAGCUGAGGACCGUCCUCAGCCAGGUCCUAUCCCAGGGUGUGUUGGCAGCUAUGGCAAGACCUUUGGAUGUGGGAGCUGCUUCAAGCCCACCCCGAAAGGAAGCAGGAGGUGGGGUCACACAAGUCACAAGUCAGGUAGAUGUGAGAGAGGCAAAGAGUGCCAUCUUCUCAGCAGACCCCAGCACGUCAAAAGUGGUCAUCUCAAGGGAGAACACUUGGCAGAAAAUUUCCCGUGAAGAGACGUUACUCUCUGCGGAGACCAAAGUGAUCAGGGGGGUGGCCCCCAGCCUUCAUCAGGAUUCUGAGGCCCAUGCAGGAGCUGGACCAAGGGUCCGCCAAGUAUUCAUGCGUAAUGGAUUGGGCUCAAUGCUGCCCUGGGAGCCCAUGGCCAGUGGAAUGGCCCCAAAUAUGCCUCAGGGGACUGGGGCUGGUGGGCUUGUCCAAAGUCUGUUGCAGGGCCCUGUGGGUUAUGAGGUACUCUCUACUCUGGACAAGCCACCUGUAGCCAAUAGGGAGAUACCAAAUUUGUCCCAGGAAAAUGGGACCAGUGGAGUCAAGCUAGGCCUACACCAGACAUCUAUGAUCAAUGAAGUGAUCCCAAGAUUACAACAACCAUCCGUGACCAGCAGGAUAACGCCAGAUUUACACCAGGGACCCGUGGCCAGUGGGGUAAUUCUAAGUUUGCAUCAGCCACCUGUGGUCAGGGAGGUGACUUCAGGUUUGCACCAGCCAUCUGUAGUCAAAGGAGUGGCUCAAAGCCUAUGUCCGGUCUCAGGAGCCAACAGAGUGGUACCAAGUAUAUUUCAGGAUCCUAGAGACAGUGGGACAGACCCAAGUUUAUACCAGGCAUCUAUGGCCAGUGAGAUCUCAACUAUAUAUCAAGGGCCUGAGGCCAGUGGGUUGGUCCAGAGUAUCUCCCAGAGAUCUAUGGAGAAUAGGAUAAUUCCAAGUCUAAACCAGGCCCUGGUAGCUAGUGGAGUUACCCCAAAUCUCUCCAAGGUAUCUAUAAUCACUGGGGUACCCUCAAGUCUCUAUAACAGAUCUAUGACCACUGCUAUACCUCCAAAUAUGUACCAGAUGUCUGGGGCCAAUGGGGUGACCCCAAGUCUAUCCCAGCAGUCUUUAGUCAGUGGCAUAGAGCCAAGGCUACACCAGACAUCUGUGGCCGGUGAGGUGACCCCGUGUCUACACCAAGUGUCUGCAACCAGUAGAAUGGAGCAAAAUCUACAUCCCAUGUCUAUGACCAGUAAGUUGCCCCUUAGUUUAUGCCAGGGGUCCAUGGCUAGUGGAUUAACCUCGAGUAUGCAACAGGUGUUUAGGGACAAAUCUGAUUCUACUAUACACCAAGUGUACACUACUAGGGACAUGGGACAGAGUCUCCACCAGGAUUCUGGAGUCAGUGCACAGGCCCCAAGUCUAUAUCAGCAUUCUUUGGCCAACCGGACCUCAAGUCCUCACCAAGGUCCCAUGGUCACUAAGGUACUACACCAGGAGUCUCUGGUCAGUGGGGUAGCCCACAAUCUAUAUCAGGGAUCCAUGAAUUCCAGGGUGGAUUCAGGCAUACCCUGGGAUUCUGAGGUCAUCGAAAUGACCCCAAAUAUGUAUCAGAAGUCAAUGACUACUGAGAGUAUCCCAAGUAAUCCCAGAGGGGCUCUAACCAAUCUACACAAGGAAUUCAUGGCUAGAAGUGUGACACUAAGUCUACCUGCAGGCUCUUCAAUCUGUGGUGAAGGGCAAAAUGAUGCCCAGGAAGUUAGAGCUGGUUGGGGAGACCCAAGUUUGCACCAGAGCUCUGUGGUCACAAAAGUAGAACCUCAGGCAGCCCAGAAGUUCAUGAGCUACAAAGUAGGCCCGAAUCUGUCCCAGGAAGUAAUUCCAAGUUCACACAGGAUACCAGUGGUUAGGGAGGGGACUGCAAGUCAGGGAUCUGAGGUCAGUGUGCUAACUCCAAAUGUGCACUGGCAAUCUGAAGUCAAUGAGGUGGUAUCUAAGGUGCACUUGGGAUCUGGGAUCAAUGAGCUAGCCCCAAAUGGACAUAGGGCAGCUAGAGCCAUUGAAAUGGGCCCAAAUAUGCGCCAAGGACCCAAGUUCAAUGAGGCAGCCCUAAAUAUGCCCUGGGGAUCUGUGGUCAGCAAGGCAGCCCCCACCAUUCGACAAGGGUCUGUAGUCAGUGAGGAGAUCUCAAGUGUGCCUCGGGUAACUGUGGUCAAUGUGCACAAGGAAUCUAUGGUCAGCAGAGUGCUUCAGGUAUCUGGGGUCAGUGGGGUAGCCCCAAGCUUGCCUCAGGGAUCUAUGGUCAGUGAAGACAUUCCAAAUGUGAGUCAAAGAUAUAUAACUGGUGGAGUGGCCCCAGCUGUGUGUCAAAGACCUAUGCCCAAACCAGUGUCCACACAAGUGCAUUGGAAAUUAGCAGCCAAUCAGUUGGUACCAAGCCUAUUCUAUAAAUUUAUGCCCAGCAAAGAGGACUCCAAUGUGGCCCAGGAGUCUGAGGCCACAGGGAUAACUUCCCAUUUAAAUCAGGUCUCAAACAUACAUCAAUCAGCCAUGGUCAAUGGAAUGGUUCCAAAUGUACACUGGACAUCUGUAUCCAGUAGGGCAACACAGAAUAAGAAUGGGAAAUCUGUUGCCAGAGGAGUACCCCCUAAUAUACACCAGGGACCUGUGGUCAGUGCAAUGGCUAUGGCCAGUGGGGCAGUUCCAUGUGUACAUAGAGGACCAAUGGCCAGUAGUGUGGCCCCAGAUGGACACAAAAUUUCCGAAAUUAGUGGAGUGGCCCCAAGUGUCCAAGAAUCUGGGACCACUAGGGUAACUCCAAAUGUACCUCAAGAAUCCAAAGCCAAUGCUGCAACUCAGAAUGCAAGUUGGGGUUCUGUGUCUAUUGGAGUAGCCCCAAGUAUACAUCAGGGAUCCAUGGGUGGUGGGGUGGCCCCUAAAUCAAAUUGGAGAUCUGUGACCUAUGAGUUAGCCCCAAAUGUUCGUCAGGAAUCCAUGCCAACUGGGCCAGUCCAAAGUGUGAGUUGGGGUUCCCUGACCAAAGGGGUAGUUCCAAGAGUAAGUUUGGGACCUAUGAUUAGUAAGUUAACCCCAAGUGCAGGUCAGCAAUCUAUGGCCAGUGAAGUCAUCUUGAGAGGACCUGAGGGAUCCAUGACCCGUGCAGUGGCCCCAGAUGUGAACUUGGGAUUAAAGGACGGUAAGAUAGCCUCAAGUAUACAUCAAAAACCCACGGCCAGUGAGGUGGUCUCAAAUGCACAUCGGGGAUCCUUGAGCACUGAGCUGGCCCCAGCUGUAACAUGUUGGAGAUCUGUGACCAGGGGCAUAGACCCUAGCAUACAUCAGGGAUCUGCAGGUGGUGGGAUAGCACCGGCCAGAAGAGUAGUCCCAGGUGUGAGUAGGGGACACAUAGCCGGUGGGGGAAUCCCAAGGCUGUAUCAGGGAUCCAUGGCCAGUGGCAUGGCCCAAAGUGUGAGUGGGGAAACUGUGGCCAGUGGGGUAACAAGAGUAACUCCAAGUCAAGAAUCUGUGGCCAGUGGGGUAACACCAAGUAUCUACCAGAGGUUCCCAGAAAGUGGAGUGCCCCAGGGAUUCAUGGCUAGUGGGAUGCCCCCAAGUAUGUAUCAGGGAUCUCCUGCCAGUAAACUGGCCCUGAUCCAGGAGAGCUCCAGCAUCAGCAAAGUGACCAAACAGGUGAUUGGCACAGGGGUGACAAGCAUGCAACAAGCAUUUGUGGGCAGUGGAGUGGUGCCAAUUGUUAAUCCAGGAUCUGGUGCCAGUGGGGUUGUCCCAAAUGGGCUUUGGGGACUUAUGACCCAAAAGGUAAAUCCAAGCACUGUGCGGCAGGGGUCUGGGGAUAGGGAAGCAAAAACGAGUUCAGUUCCAGAGAAAGAAGUACCUCAUCUCCCACGGAAUGGCCGUAGCUGGAAACCAGAAAUAUCGGAGGCAGCCAAACAUCGGGCAGCCUCUGUGAUCCAAGGCGCCUUCAGGGGCUACAAAGUCCGUCGCCAUCUGAAAGUACAGCACCAAGCGGCCUCCCUCAUCAAGGCCGCAUGGAAGGGCUACCAGGUUCGGAAGUCUCUGGCCAACCAAAUGAAAGCAGCUACCAAGAUCCAAGCGGUCUGGAGAGGCUUCCGCACGCGUCAGAAGCUGAUGAAUCAGAGGUUCACAGUGGACCCACUGCCAGAGCUGGGAAGCCUGGACAAGCAGAUCCCGCCCCACCGCUGCUUCCAGUCCUGCCAGCCAGAGUCCUGUGUCCUCUGUGAGAGCCUACGGAGGAAAGUCGAAAACGGCCCUGCCUGCCUGACACUGCUCACACAGCCCAGCAAGAGGACCUGUCAUAUCUGUCAGCGCACAUACCAAACGAGGCUGUUCUUCGGCCUGGGCCAGGGCAACGAGGGCCUGCCUGGGCGGAAGGUGAGCUCAUCGUCCACCCGGAAAUCUUGCAGGCCACUUAGUCCACAGAAGGCAGCUGUGUUGAUCCAGGCUCUCUGGAGGGGCCAUCAGACUCGGAAAGCCCUGAAAAAGCAGCAGGCAGCAACCAUGCUACUACAGGCUUUCUGGAGGGGCUACAUCACCCGCAAAAAUCUUACUGAGAAAGUAAUGCUCCUGGGCCCUUCCUUGGCCCCAGGCUAGAGAGCCAAGCCACCGGGACCCUGCAGGUUCGGGGUGGGCUGUGGGUGAGAUGGCUCUGGAGGAGGAUUCUUUCCUGGGAUGA